UGCAUUUGAUCACGACAUGUCAGACGCAUAUAACCUAUCGCACGGUGAUGGCUCCUCAAACGACGAGGCCCUCCAGACUCAGAAGAAGCGCAAGCAAAAGAAAGCUAAGCACAACCUAAAGAAAGCUGCGCGCAAACAGGAAAUUAGGGAGGAAAGAAAGUCCAAACGUCGUGCUGAGAGAAUGGCCAAGACCAGAGAACACAUCAAAAGGCAUCGUCUGAUCUCUAACUAUCUGGGCAAAGACGUCAGCAAAGUUUUCAGUAAGCUGUCGGAAGAGUCGAAGCAGAAUCUCGUCCGCAUCUCCUUUGGAGCCCGCACUAAGACCGGUGAGUCUACGGAGAAGCAGCUCGAGCAUCUCAAAUGGGCAGCCACGACUUUCAGCUCUGCUGCUCUGUCCUACUACGUCCGUGUCUUCAAGGUCGACAAACGUAUGAGGAAACAGAUGGAGCAACUUGAACACGAGGAAGAGCCAGUCAAGGAGGAGCUAAGCGAGGCCGCCAGAAUCGAGCCGAUCGAAACACUGCCCCAGCGCGAGAGGUUCCAAGUACUGAUCCAACUGGCGGAGGAGAAGAAGCACGAGGACAAGAAGGCACGAGAGAGCUUCAACAGAUGGUCUCUGGCCCAGCUAGAUGGAACGUGGGGUCCUAGGUUCACCAAGGUGAUCCAGAAUCAGCCAUACAGAGAUNCAAAAAAGAAACUGCGGGCAUUGCUGAACAGAACACUUUCGGAGGUACCUUUCGACGCAACGGAGCGUAGGCUUGACNUUCUGUCUUUACUCAUGCGCAUUUCGGAGUCCAUCGCCCGUCGACCCUGGCCCGAGAGACCAACGACAUCGAUAGACNAUACUCACCCCCGAACAGAAACGUGCAAGCCGAACUUUUACAAGACAGGGAAAGUGAUGGAACAGCAAGGCAAGCCAAUGUCAUUGGAAGACCUACAAGUACUCAGCCCUGAAGAGAAACUUGCAGUACAGGCUUUUCAAAGAGAAUGGAAGGAGAUGAAGCAAGAAGACAAUCUCCUUGAUCAACUUCACAAGCGCAUCGAGAAGAGUUGGCCACAUGUAUCCAGAGGUGGGGUCGAAAGACUCCAUAUUGAGGAGCUGAUCGAUAAUGUCCGACUCAUCGACGAGAAGAUCAUGGGUAUCCCUUUGCUUCCAUCCACUGGCUGUAUCCAACACAUCGUCGAGAUUGUCGAUCGAACAUGGCUCAUGGAGAAUCGCUAUCCAGACGACGACUGUUGUACUAUGCCGGCUGAACUUCUCGAAGAGUUCGACGACAAUCUCUACAUGAAGGAUGUCUACGAUGACUGGAGAGCUACUAAUCCUCCUGAUUCUGAGCGCCUUUCGGACUUUGUGAAGGAAGGCUCUCCU